AUGAAGCACAACCUAAGGAAGCCAUACAGUGCGACGGUCAGCGGCCUGUGUGCUCUAAUUGCCAAGGUAAAACCGAGCGCUGCGAAUACAGAGACGAAGGAGGUCCGUCGAAAGAGUCCAAAGAUCUCGUCGUUGAGGUACUGCGGAUUCUUGGACAAAUGCCAACCAAGGAAGCCCUUCAAUAUAUUGAAGGACGAAGAGGACGAAGAGGACGCACUGACAAUACUAUCGACAUUAAGGAAGGGCUUAUCAUGCCGACAGACCGAAGUAGACAAUUCAACUGCGGUACCAGUUUCUAAUGAUGAUGACAAGCCUACGCCACAGGAGUGGCAGAUACAGAAUCCCAUCGCCUAUCCAGGAACAGCAGGCCGGGAUACGAACUUGUUCCAAAAAGAUCCAUAUCGUGGAUUAACCAAAUCCCCAGGCCAUGACUUCCAUGCGGAUACUCUGAUACCCGACCCACGAUCUGCCAAGCUGUGUAACGACACCGCGAGGUAUGAAUAUGAAGAACCGCAUGAACUGUGCGAUUCUCGACUCCGCAAAUUAAAUAUUCGUCAUUGGACAAACGUCGACAUAGAUGAUGAUUUGGCAGCCAAAUGCAUUUCUCUCUAUCUUGAGACUGACCACCCUCUGUUAGGGCAUUUUGAUGCCGAAUUAUUUGUGUCACAUCUAAUUUUAGAGCAAAGCAGCGACUACUGUACUCCACUCCUAGUCAACUCAUUAUUAUAUUGGGCUUGUCAAAUGUAUAGCGCCAUUGAUCCGCAAACGGACCAAAUAGCGAUCCGUUUCUGUACAGAAGCAGAAAGCCACUGGACGGCCGAGCGUCAUAAAGGCAAUGAUUCGAUACUGAUUCUCGCGGCAACCGAGUUUUUAUGCUUAGGUUAUCUAGGACAAGGCAGAGAUCAUGUGGUUCUAAGAUACCUCACCGAGGCUGCAGAUAUGGCCGGCCGGAUGGGCUUAUUUAACACCGAAGGACAGGUCAGCGGAAUGGAGACGAGUAGCUACUCUAAUCUCGCUGGUGCUGCCAAGACAUCGCACAUGUACGCGGCAUGGGGGAUCUUCAACUGGCUAACGAAUGGUCUGUCCAAGUUCCCCUCCACGUAUUCCGAUUCCAAAAAGGGCCAUGCUGGAUACAUCCCGCUGUGGUUCUUUCCGCAGUGA